UGCCGGUUGCCGGUGGUAAUUCAUAUUUGGUGAUUUUGAAUGUAAAAAAGUUUUUUUACUCUUUUGUUUGUUGGUGAAAAUACGCGUAAGGUAAAGAUCUUUUGGUUAAAUUAAUUUGAAAUGUAUUAUGCGGUUAUUAUGUGAUACAAGAACUGAAUAAUGCAAAAUCUAACCUCAAAGUUGCUGUCACGAUAAUUGUGUUGAAUUUUGCAUUAUGCAUUGGGUAAGAUGACAUACAAAAGGUAUACAUUAAAUAAGAAAUGUAGUAGGUAUAUAUUAAAUAAGAAAUGUAGUAUACAUUUAAUAAGAAAUGUAGUAUACAUUUCUUAUCGUAACAAUUUAUACUCUAUAUCAUUCUCAUCGCAGUUAGAGACAACAUGUAAUCAAUUUCUACCCACAUUUAAAUUAUUGUAUUCUUGACAUUUGAAAGUCUACAAAACAUAAUUAUUUGGUAGAAGGGUAUUAUUUUGUUUUACUUUUGUCUAAAGAUUAUUGUUGAAUGACAUUGUAGUAUUUGUGAUUCGAGUAAUUUUUUUUUAAAUGCAGGAUGCCUGGUAAUUAUAAAAGAACAUCGACGCGAAAAAGUUGGUCACAAGAAGACAUGGAUAAGGCCAUCGAAGCUGUAAAAAAUAAUAGGAUGGGUUGGCUUUUAGCAUCUAAACAUUUCAACGUGCCACAAGCUACCCUUCGUCGUCAUUAUCAUAGUACUCCAGUAAAUCUUGGUCGUUUUAAGCCAACCUUCAAUAAAGAUAUGGAAAAAGCACUCGUAGAUCGUGUUCUUGAGUUUGAAAGUCGUCUUUUUGGUUUUAACACGACUGAAAUAAGAAAAUUAGCUUUUGAAUUUGCUGAAAAAUUGGGACUGAAUCACAGAUUUGAUAAGAAUGAGAAGAUAGCUGGGUGGGAUUGGCUCAAGGGGUUUAGAGAACGCAACCCAAAUAUUGCACUCAGAGCUCCCGAGCCAACCUCAGCUGCAAGAGCAAGGGCAUUCAAUAAGUCUCAAGUAUCAUAGUUCUUUGCUCUUUUGGAAAGAGAAGUUACUGCUAACGAGAUCCAGCCGCAUAGAAUUUUCAACAUGGAUGAGUCUGGACUAAACACAGUUCAAAAGCCCCCAAAAGUUUUUGCAUCCCAAGGCAAAAAACAAGUUGGCGCUGUCACUAGUGCUGAACGCGGUGAACAUUUCACAGUUGUUGCCUGUGCUAACGCCAUUGGAAAUUUUGUUCCACCUGCAUUAAUUAUUCCAAGAAAAAAUCAUAAGGCUGAAUACUUUGAUGGUGCUCCUUCAGGUACUUUAGAGCUUUGCUAUCCCUCUGGUUAUAUGGUUGGUGACUUAUUCUUCAAGUGGAUGCGCCAUUUUAUAGGUUUUGUGAAUGCUUCUGUAACAAAUAAGGCAUUGCUAAUCCUUGAUGGGCACUCCAGCCAUAAAAAUAUAGAAGCACUGGAACUCGCCAAGUCCAACGGUGUGAUAAUGCUCUGUCUGCCGCCACAUUGCACACACCGAAUGCAGCCUACUGAUGUAUCUUUUUUUGGUCCACUUCAGGCUUAUUAUGAUCGCGAAAUGGCAACAUGGAUGAAAAACCAUCCUGGCAGAACCGUAGGCCUAUACCAAGUCGCUCAAAUUUUUGGAAGAGCCUACGAAAAUGCAGCCUCUGUCAAGAACAUAACGAGUGGUUUUGAGAAAACUGGAAUUUUUCCUUUUAAUCCAAACAUUUUUCCAGAAGAAAUGUAUUUACCUAGCGAAGUUACCGAGAAUGAAUUGAAUAACGAUGAAGAGCCGGUUGCCAGUACUUCAUCUCAGCCUGAGCUAAAUAAUGAAGACUCCUCGGAAUCAACAGACGCUGAGGAACAGAUAAUGGAGAAUGCAGCUGACAACUCUCAGGAGCAAAUAGAUUUUCAAGCCACUUCUAGAGAUGUUGAAGGUCGUCCCUCAUCCCCCUCAAUUUUGUUACCAAACACAGUUACGCAUUUAUCACAACACCAUAAUGACAAUACUGAAUUUCAGUCCCAACCUAUACUUCAAGAGUCUGACUCUAAGCAACCUCAUAACGCCGGCGAUAAAAUUAAUAUUAUUAUUUCUCCGAGUGAAGAUGCUACUUCUACUUUAAAUAAUCCAUUAUCCCUUCAAACUUUAGCAGCAAAUAUGGUUGAGCAAUUAUUAAAAGAUCAUGACAAAAACAUUCCGUUUCAAUCCCUGCAUACACUCCUAGAGCCUAAUUCUGAAAAAUCCACAAAUGCCAAAGAAGAGACUAGACUUUUGCAAACGGGAAUACUUUCUGCUACUAACUGCAUACUUAACGACAUUUCUCCAUUACCAAAAGCUACAGGAAGAUUAAAAGCAAAGAGAAAAGUCGGUGGAGCUCAGGUUUUCACAUCUAGUCCAUUUAUGAAUGACAUAAAAUCAACAAUACAGCAGAAAAAGGAAAAGGAAAAUCUGAAAUCUCUGAAACAGCAAAAGAAAGUGAAGCGCGUUAUUUUUGAAGAUGAUGACGUGAAUUAUAAGCCUGUAUCAAAAAAACUCAGAUCCAAACGAGGUCCAAAGCGAACAAAACCUGAUUUAGACGAUGAUGAGAACCUCGAAAAAAUACCUAACAUGGACCCUGGGCCCUCCUCAAAGAAAUACAGGUCUACGCGUAGUAGAAAGCAGACGCAGCCUGUUAUUUUGAACGAUGACGACGUCUUGGACGAUCCUUAUGCCCAUAAAGAUGCGGAAGAGGAGGAGGAUCCAGCUUGCAUUUACUGCAAUGAAAUGUUUAGCCAGUCUAGGCCAAAAGAACAUUGGGUGAAGUGUCAACUAUGUUCCAAUUGGUGUCACACACUAUGCGCAGGCAUACCUGCAAGAAAGAAACAUUUUGUUUGCGAACUAUGUUCAUAAGACUGUUACAAUUUAAGACGACAUACCCUUUAAAGUCCAAGAUGACAUACUAUGUCAUUUUACCCUAUAGAUAUGUCGUCUUACAAACGUUUACCUCACUGCAACUUAUGUUGAUUUUUUUUAUUUUAUAUUACAGUAAUUGUUCUAAAACUUAAGAAAUGUUGUUAAUUAUGAUACAUUUAAGAAUAAACGCAAUAUGCUGAUC